AGCGACAGGAUAAAGUUUUCACACUCCGCGCACAUUGUCAUUGUCUAAAACGAAUCAGACUUUCACACUGGAUUACUGACCUGGAUAAAGCAAGGCUGAAAUUCCAGAUCUGUGAAGGUUGGAUGUAUGAAGAGCUUCUCAAAAGUGCGCACAGUUUCCGGAUCUUUUCCUGUACUCUGCAUUUCACUCUGAGAACUGAUUUCUUCUGCUGUUUUUUCCUCUUCAUUACUGCAUUACAGCAGAAUGAAAACAGACACUUGAGGCUGAAGCGUCCGCGUCCGGCUGAAGAAGUCGAGCGCUGCAGCUCGGGUUCAACACGGCCACUUCCUGAUGAUGACAGUAAACAUGGAUAACGGUCUCCAAAAUGGGCCCGGACAACACAGGAACACACAAGAAGAUGAGAAGGCUCUCCAGUCCAUCAUGAAGGACCUGGCAGCUCUGGGCUCCUACCAGCUCAACAGCAGCAACAGCCACAAACUAAAGAGCAGAAGCCAGACCUACAGACUGGAUUUGCGCGUGAAGCUGGAGCAUGAGCGAGAGAAACGGAUUAUUCCUUUCCAAAGGCCGCUCAAGUUCAAGGAGCUUUUGCAAAAAGUCACGGAGGCGUUUGGUCAGCAGAUGGAUCUUUACUACACCGACAGAGAGACGUUGGUAGCUCUGAAGUGUCAGGAGGAUUUGGACCGGGCCUUGUCGUGUUUAAGCUCUGCUUCAGGAACAAAGGGCCUGCUGAGAGUCGUGCUGAAAACUCCCACCAACAACCAUUUUCUGCAGGUGAACAGUAGAGAUAAGCAGAGUGAGAUGAAAUCGUCUCGCUCUCUUGGAGAUCUGAAAGGCUCUCUGCUUAAAGGCUCCGAACGAGUGCGCAAACACUCCACGGGCUCUCUGCAGACGGGCAGGAGCUCUCCACCACCGGGCAGCGUGCCUGAGGAGCAGCAGCAGAUCGCGCGCCAGGGUUCCUACACCAGCAUCAACAGUGAGGGAGAGUUCAUCCCUGAGACCCAUGAUCCCAAUAUCAUGUCGCCGUUUGGAAGUACGGAUCACUCUCUCUCCAGCAGCUGCCAGUCACUGGAUCAGGCACUCGACAGUCCUCCGUUCUCACAGAACAACCGGGACAACAAUUACCUGAACCUCAACUACGACUAUAAAGGUCGUCACGGGAAACAUGGAACUUUUCCUCGGCAGUUCCCCUUUUCCCAUCGCAGCAAGGACUACGGCGACGGUCGGAGCACUUUCCCACGCAGCUUCAUGCCGCAGGAGAACCUGUUCCAGCUGGUUCCAUCGAGUCGUACGCGCAGUUAUAACGGCGACACUACGUUACCGUACAGAGGAGACCUGCACUCCAUCAGCUGGAGCGAAAAGAAGAGCCAGCGCAGUGCUGCGAAAUCCCCGCGGGCACCAGUGAACUGGCGGCAGGGAAAGCUCCUGGGUCGUGGCGCCUUCGGUGAGGUUUACCUCUGCUACGAUGCCGACACGGGUCGAGAACUGGCCGUCAAACAGGUCCCCUUCGACCCAGUCUGUCAGGAGACCAGCAAGGAAGUGAACGCUCUGGAGUGUGAGAUUCAACUGCUGAAAAAUCUCUGCCAUGAGCGAAUCGUACAGUACUACGGCUGCCUGCGCGACCCUGAACAGAGGAAGCUGUCCAUUUUUGUGGAGUUCAUGCCAGGGGGUUCGAUCAAAGACCAGCUGAAGGCGUACGGGGCUCUGACGGAGAAAGUGACGCGCAGAUACACCAGGCAGAUCCUGCAGGGAGUUUUCUACCUCCACAGCAACAUGAUCGUACACCGAGACAUUAAAGGUGCUAACAUACUGAGGGACUCGUCGGGAAACGUCAAACUGGGAGAUUUUGGUGCCAGCAAGCGCAUUCAGACCAUCUGCAUGUCCGGCACUGGCAUUAAAUCAGUGACUGGCACCCCCUACUGGAUGAGCCCAGAAGUGAUCAAUGGAGAGGGUUACGGACGCAAAGCUGACGUGUGGAGUGUGGCGUGCACCGUGGUGGAGAUGCUCACCCAGAAGCCGCCGUGGGCGGAAUACGAAGCCAUGGCGGCCAUCUUCAAGAUCGCCACGCAGCCCACCAAACCCAACCUGCCCGAGGGCGUAUCGGACGCCUGCAGGGACUUCCUGAGGCAGGUCUUCGUGGAGGAGAAGUGGCGCCCGACGGCCGAGGGGCUGCUCAGCCACCCGUUCGUCCAGGGCGGCUUCUGAUGCCACCGAUGAUCACCACUCUGGGAACCUGGCGCCCUCUGACAGCCCACUCUAAACAAACCAGAGCCUCAGCAGGGACCUGGACCACGGAGGGUCUUGUGGUCUACAGGUGCAUCUGCGGCCAUUGUGGUUUGUUCACACGACUUCCUUUAGCAUCACAAUACUCCAGAUGCAUCAAAUUCAAUGUACAUCAAGCUAAAAAAAAAUCAUGCCAUUAAUAUUACAUGGACAAAAGUAUUAGGACGCCCUUCUAAUUUUUAAAUGUAUGUGUUUCAGCCGUAAGAAUUGCUAACAUGUGCAAUAAAUCAAUUAUAUAAAGGUAAUAAUAUUCUUCCAACGGUUUAGGGAAUGCCCUCUUUUGUUCCUGCAAAAAAACAAGCUCUAUAAACCAUGAAGAAAAGCUCGGUUUAAAGAACCUCUAGUGGUCCGCACAGAGCUUUCUUGACCAAGUUAUAAAUGCUCGUUCGACUUCAUAGGCAUACAUUCCCACAGUCAUACUUCGAAGUCUUAAUGUUCUAGCUGAAAAGAUCACACAGGUCACUCUGUUUUAACACCAUUUGUUUUUAAAAUGGGUCCAAAAAGCUCAUGGUCAGGUGUCCGAAUACUUUUGGCCAUACAGUGUAUAAUAAAUUGACCAUAUUUUGAGUGUUAAAUGAAUGAACAGCUCCUGCUUUUCCUGCAGUCAGAUAUUCUGAUCACAAUUUGAUUCAGAGCUGUAUUAUCUGCCCUAAUUUGGCAUUUAAAUAAGGGUGCAUCUGUUCCAGCAGAAUAAAAAAGAAUUAUGGGAUUAACAUAAUCCAAAAAGCGAACGGAAACUGUAAGAUACUCGGUUGAGUAGUUCACUUAGGCUCUCUACGUCUGAUGGUUAGAAUCUAACCAAGUUCAAAUAACAUUAAUGAGAAUUGAGAAGGACGAUUUUUUUUUAUCUAAGGUUUUUAUAAGCACUCGUAUAUGUGUCACUGUAAACUAAACGCACGUUUUCACACGUGUAUCCAAGACCUUCUAACAUUCAGGAUGAUGAAUGCCCUUUUUUAUUCACCGCCUGAUGUUUGUACUGAGGAGGCUCACGGUGUCUCAGCAAUAGUACUGAAGUACAGUACACACAGGAGACCAACAGUCGUUCAGUUUUCCAGACUUGAUUGUAUUCAUACUGUCAGAACAACCAAAGAUUGUACUAAACAUGAAGUAUAUGCAGCUGUAUCUGAAGGUAAAUUCCGUUAGCCGAUCAAUCGGGCGUCUACAUAAAGCCGUGAUCGUCUGUUUCUUAGGGGAGGACGGGUCUAGUCCCCGCGACGGACUGGUGUCCUGUCCUGAGUGUGUUACAGCAUUGUGGUCAGUGCUAACACAUGAAAAUAGAAUGAAAAGAAAGAUAUGUAGUAUUGUAAUGUUUACAUUUGUUUAAGCACUCCCCGUCUUUGCGAUGGCGCUCAUGCAAGUUCCUUUUGAUAAAAUCUUUACAUUCACACGUCCGACUCUGACUGUGUUUUGGAUGCAAACUGUUUUAAACCAGCAGCAAUCAGGUCAUACUUCAUAUCCUGGUUUUAUUUGUUCUUACUGAGAAGAAACAGCUUGUGUUUGUUGUGUAGACAUGAAUUGCGCAGAUGUUUUCAUCUGGAAACAUCUGGCAACCUAGGAAAAGUGUACUGCACACAUUUCCAUCAUAUAAAUGAGUCGAUGAGGAAACAAACCUGCUGCUUACGUGAAACAAAUCCUAAUGCAAAUAACUUCCUUCUGUAUCUUUUCUCACAUCAUUCAGGCCCCUGUUGUCUUCUAACAUCCCACUAUUUACAUCUGUGAUGAGGAGGAACAUGCAGGAAAACAAAAUAAUCAAAGUGUUCGGUAAAGAUUCCAUAUCAGUGUUUUAUUUCUCAGUACAGAUACAGCGAGUGUUCAUCACUUCACCCACCUUCAGAUCAGCUGCAGUAAUCACCACGACCCAGUGCCUUCUCUGUUUUUUAUUAUACUUUCUCUGAAAUGAUGCCAGUCCUGUCUGAAAUGUCUCUCCACGUGUCCUGGUGGAGUUGAAGAGUGGAGGUGGUGAAUGAUGCUGUUUUUGAUAUAGAGAUUUUCUACGGUGAUGAAGAUUGUAUGUAAACAGUGUUUAUAGGGAAACUACACACCCUUUAAUCCCAGACCCACGUUCAGAUGCGUUCCUUCAGUGUAUAGACCAAGUGCAUCUCAGGUGCAUAAUGUCAUUACAUCAAAAAUCAAUACAUAAAAAUGUUUCUUUUGAAAGAUUUAAGUUUGCACUUCAAUGUUUAUGCUGAAUUUAAGAUUUAUUGCUGAUCACUGAAGUUUUAUCGAAGGUGUCGUGCACAAACAAGCAACAAAAAACUAUGUUAAGCUCCCAACCUUGAAUUUAGAGAUGUGAACGUCUCUCUGAAGGGUGUGUACGCUCCCUAAAAACACUGUAGAAAUUGUACUGCACUUUUUAUAUUCUAAAUACUUUAGUCACUAUAUUACCGAAUUUAUAAGAGCUGGAUUUCUGAGUAAAUGAUGAAAACGGUUUCUCUGGUUUUUGAUUGAGGCUAGGAAUGAAAGACGUUCUUUACUGCCUUGAUGAAGAAGCCUGAACACAUUCAUUCUGAAAGUCAUUUUGUACAUUUGAAUAAAUAAAGAAAAUGUUUAAAUCCUUA